AGAGUAUGUUCAAUGAGUUAUACCCUGGGUGUGUUCUGUGGUAGUUAUAUGAUCUGAACUUAACCUAAGAAAAUAAUUUAUAGAUAAAUUUUAUCAUACAAACAUAUAGAUAUACAUUUUUAUAAACCAUGUUGGGAAAAUGGAUAAGACAAAAAAUAAGGAUUAUUUCGUAUUCAAGGACAUAAAUGGGAAUUUGUUAAAAUUACAUGUUCAAGAAGUUUCUCAAUGUUUAAAAAUUAGAAUAAUUCACUGUGGACCAACAAUAUACCAAAGAUGUACCAUAAUAUUUAUAAUUGCGAGUAUCGACAUGAUUUUACUUCUCGUUAACAUUGUUUCCAUCAGUAUUAUACUCGCAAUUUUAUGUUUUGUUUUAAUUUUAACCUAUACAGUAUGUAACAUGACUAUCGAAGAAAAUCUAGUUGUAAUUAAAGAUAUAGGAAUCGAAAUUGCAAAGAUAAAAGUUGUUGGAGUUAAAAGAGAUUUCUUUCCUCAUGAGCAAGUACAAAACGUUUUUAUUAAUGAAGUUAUAUAUAGGAAUAAAGUGCUAUUUGUACUGACAUUAUUAAUUAGUGGUCUCAAGAAAAGUCAGUUGGUUCCAUUGUUUACAGAAACCUUUCCACAACUGGCUUUAUUGAAAACUGUGUUCAACUACAUGAAAAGAAUAUUAUAGACUGUUCUAUUAUUUGUUACAGAAAAUAAAAAAUAAAAUUAUAUUAUUUUUAUGUGUAUUUCUUAGAUCAAAUAGGAGACACAAGAAGAUCCUGAUCUGCAAAUAAAUAGGGUUAGACGAUAUGAGAAAUGUGUGCAACAAGCUAUACAAAUUCUGAACUUAUUUCUGUGGUUAGGAAAAAUUAACCUAAACACAAAUACAAAUAAUUGCUUUGGUACAGAGAUGUGGUGAGGAUGGAGCGGGACAGGUGGCCGAAGAAAGCUAGGAUCAAGGACCUGGAAGGAAGAGAUUGAUCAGACCAUGAAAGACAGGAAACCGAUCUUAGAUCAGUGAUUCUCAACCACUGUGCCGCGAGAAUCUUGAAAUGUGUCGCUAAAUUUCUAUGCUUACAGUAAAAUAUUAAAGUUUAAUAAAACAGAAAUAUGGUGUUACUUGUAUUCGAUGAACCGAUUUGUUAAAAUGAUAAGGACUGGAAAUGAUGGGAAUGUUAUCUGUCGUUGGUGAUCCAAGUGCUGAUUAUUGUUUACAUAUACUGCGCCUCUAAUUGGAACGUACAAAAUUCACAUUUAUUUGCCCUCGUAGCCUUUUGAUUUUAGUUUGUGUACAGUAGAGUUUAUUAUAAAUAUUAAUUCAAUUCAACGUUAAUAUACACUACUACCACUGGCACUAUGGGUCUCAACGAGCCUUGACCUGACGUUCCUCCAGUCAUCACGGUUCAACUCUCGGCGUCUCCACUACGUCACACCUAGCUCUCAAAGAUUCUCUUCGACAUCAUCCAGCCAUCUUGACUUCUGUUACCAGGCUGGGGUCUUCAUAGAGCCGAUAGAGCUCGGUGUUUGUACGAGUGUGCCACACGCUCUGCUCGAAUAUUGGUCCAUAUAUUCGUCGUAAGAUCUUUCGCUCUAACGUGGUGAGAAGCCGCUCCUCGCGACUGUAGAACACCCAGGCUUUGUUAAAAUACAUGAUAACCAGGCGAAGAAUUGUGCGAUAGAUCCGCUUUUUCGUUCUCCAAUUCAGUGAAACGUGACUUUAGUAGUCGUUAGAGACUGAAGUAUACUCUGUUCCCCACUUUCACACGUUCUAUCUUGUUGCCAUCGAGAUGUUAUUAUUUUCGGUCACUAGUGAUCCCAGAUAUUUGAACGACAGUACAUUUUCGAACUUAUACCGGUCUACUUAGAAAGCCCCCAGGGAGUUCUUCUGUUCCUUUACAUAACCAUCCAUUUUAUUUUGGACUCGUUAAUAGUAAGCCCCGCUCUACAGGGUUCCUGCUCCAGCUGCUCUAAGCUUCCCUUCAGUUUCCACUCCCUUCGAUUGAGUAGAUCAAUGUCAUCAGCGUAGGCCAGGUACUGCACUAUUAUGUCGAGCAGAGUUCCUCUUCUAUUAACUUCGAUAUUUCCGAUGACUCGUUCUAGUAUCAGGUUGAAGAGGAUACGCGAGAGGGCGUCUCCUUGUCUGAGAUCUCGUCCUAUUUGGAAUUCUCGUGUGGUCUACUUCGCUAUCUUCAAUUUGCUCUUGGUCUCAGCUGACGUCAUCUGCACCAGGCGAAUAAGUUUUGCAGGAAUGCCAAAAAUACGCAGCGUGCUGUAGAGGUAAGAUCGAUCAAGACUGUUAGAACUUGGUUUGUAAUCUAUGAAGAGCUGGUGUACGGAAAUAUCGUGCUCAUAGCACUUUUCCAACAUGCAGCGAAUAGCAAAAAUUUUAUUAGUUGUUGAUCUCUUCCUCCUGCAUCCGCACUGGUUAUCUCCCAGGGCUAUUUCGGAGAAUGCUUCCAGUCUCAGCAAUGACUUUAGCCAGUAUCUUAUAAGGCACACUUCAAUAGUUCUGCAGUUAUCAAGUUCUCACCAGGUAGAGACUUUACUGCACAUUCUACCUCCCACAAACUCUGGUCCCUCACAUCUCCACCAUCCGCUUUACUGUCAUUAAAAUGGUAAUAUACAACAUGUGGUUUUUAUUAAUUUUUUGAUAAAAUUAUAUUUAUUUCAAAAGAACUUUGAAACCAAAUGGAUAAAUUGGUAAAAAAGAAAACUUAACAAUGAUGAUAAUAAGAGUGAUAGCGGUCAGACGAACGAACCCGUGUCCAGUAGAAAUUUUUUCUCUGUUAAUGAAUACAAUGUUUAUCGCAAGUAUAAUGAAGACUUCUUAAAAUUUAGAUUUACAU